AUGAAGUGUGAUGCCAUCCAUCAUAGUUCCCACUCUGAUGCUUACUCAGACUUCAUGAUGGAGCAGAAGUUGAUUUACUAUGUUCAUAAUGGCACUGAGAAGUUAAUGGACAGUCUCACCAUCUUGGCAAACAGCUCAGAGCUUGGGAAACAGAGUCUGCCUCAGACUCUUUUUGUGACUGUUGAGUCUGUAAAUGACAAGGCUCCGGUAAUAACAGCCAAUAAAAUCCUUCAGGUGUGGGUGAAUUCUGUCACUGAGAUGACCAGAGAUGACCUGUGUGCAGAAGAUGAGGACUCUUCCCCACAGGACUUGGUCUACUGGGUCACUCCUCCCAGCAAUGGGCACCUGGCUCUCAAGUCCAUUCCUGGCAGAAGCAUCCAGAACUUCACUCAGGCACACAUCAAUGAGGGUCAGCUUGUGUUUGUGCACUCUGGAGCAAUGUCAGGAGGCUUUAAUUUUCAGGUUACUGAUGGUUUGAAUUUUGCACCUCGGCAAAUCUUUAGCAUCACCGCCCGAGCUCUGAUCAUUAGCUUAGAAGUCAACAGAGGAUUGAGCAUCUUCCCAGGUUCCACGGAGCCACUUUCAUCUAAUGCCCUGAGAGCUGUGACCAACGAUGACAAGGCAGGAAACAGAACUAUAACGUUUACAGUUGUCAGUUUCCCUAGACUUGGAAGACUGCUGAAGAUGAACUCUGACAACAGUACAGAGGUUGUUUCCAUUUUUACCCAACGUCUGGUCAGUGAAGGUCUGAUACUAUACCAGCAUGUGGAUCUAGAGAAUACAGGAUGGGCUUCAGAAGACUCCUUCACAUUCACAGCAUCCUCUCCUCCCGCAGCACUGGGCCCUGAGGAUUUCCGGAUUACCAUUUCAUAUGAAAUGAACGAGUCAGGCCGACAAAGCCGGCUGCUUGCAAAUACAGGAGCCUCUGUCAAGGAGGGAGGUAAAGUUCUCAUUGACCAAUCUAAGUUAGAUGCUUCCAACCUCUUACUUCAGCUGCCCCAACCUCAGCGUUCUUCCCAUGAAAUCUGGUUCCAGGUUAUGGCUCUUCCUUGCUAUGGAACCAUUUUGGUUGGAGAAAGAAACAUCACCACAGGAAAACCCUACUUCUCCCAGCAUAUAGUUAAUACAUUUGGAGUCACGUAUCUUCAUGAUGACUCUGAAUCAUUGGCUGAUAAUUUUACCUUCGCUGUUUGGCCAAAUCCAAAGAGCAAGUCCACCAGCAAGCCAGAGGCUGACUUUCUAGAAGAGAUGUUCAACAUUACCAUCACCCCAGUGAAUGAUCAGCCUCCAGAAUUAAAGACCAGAGGGCUUCGUUUGACAGUUCUCCAGGGCAGCUGCUUGGUUGUAGGACCUGAAAUCCUAAAAGUAGAUGAUCUAGACAGUCCUCCAAAUGAAAUCCAAUACAUGAUCAUCCGUCAUCCCAACAAUGGCUUUUUAGCCAUGGCUCAUGACCUAAACGCCACUGCUCACCAUUUUACACAAGCUGAUAUCAAUAAUGCUCAGGUGUGGUUCAUACAAGAUGGAAGCCCAUCCUCUGGAGUGUUUUAUUUUAGUGUGACUGAUGGUGAGCACCGCCCUCUCUACAAGCUCUUCCACCUGGAUGUCAUCCCCAUCUCCAUCACUCUUGUGAACCUCACAGACCUGCUUCUCCCACAAGGCCAGACCACUGUCUCCAUCACCAAUGCUCACCUCUCUGCGGUGACCAAUGGGAAGAGCCUUCAGAUCAUCUACAGGAUAACACAACCCCUCCAAAGUGGCCACUUGCUGAUUGAAAACCAGGUGGUCAAUAGCUUUGGACAGGAAGAUUUGGAUGCAGGAAGACUCUCUUACCACAUGACCAAUCUCACAGCCUCAGAGGAUCAGCUGCAGUUCUCACUGUCUACAGCAGAGAGCAAUUUGACAGAACAGACCCUGGGCAUCAGAGUGCAGCCCUUACUGCAGGUUACACAGAACCUGAAAGUGGCCAACAGAGUGCCCCAUCAGCUGCAGAGGGAGGAUCUAGAUGCAACUGAGCUAGCUAACAGGACAAAUAGUGACCCCACAUUUGAAGUGACACAACCUCCCAUCCAUGGGCGGCUUGUACGAAGAGCAGUUGACAGCCCUGUGAUGGAAGAGAUCACUCGGUUCACCCAGGGAGACAUCGACCGAGGCCAGCUGGUGCUUGAGGCAUGUGCUAAUCUAACAGGUAUCGGUACACUAAAUGACUCCUUUACCUUCUUGCUCAGUGCAGACCAUGUACAGCCAGCAAUGGGUUAUCUGGCCUUUAGCAUAGCGCCACCAGACCCCUUACCUUUACAAACAUUUACACCAGAUGUGCCUUUAUUCAUCACUGGAGAGAACCUCGUGGCCUCAGUUUUCUCUCAGAAAAAACUUACAGCUUCCAUUAUAACACAGACAGAAACUCCAGGGAAUCUGAGCCAGAGCAAAUGGCGGGGGACAGAUUCCUGGGGACAGCUCAAUGCCAAAGAAGCAAAAGUGGAUGUCAAGGUCUCACCCACCGAGGUCAUUUGGCCAUAUGCUGCCACCACAGUCGUUUCUCGGGGAGCUAUAGGGCACAGAGACAGCAGUUACCCUCUGAUGGUCAUCCUACCCUUGGCUGCUGUGUUCCUUCUUCUGAUGGUGACUGUGGUGGCCCUGUGUGUCUGGCUGUUGAGGCGAAAGGAAGAAAAGGCUAACCCUCUUCUCCAGCCCAAGAUCAACCUCGAAUCCCCACUUCCCAGCUGUAGAGCAGAAAGGAGUGGAGCCAUUCCCACCGUCACUGUGACUCCCCUGAUGAGAAGCUCUAGCAUCCCUGCCACCAGUGUAUUCCUGUCCCCACAGUAUGAUCAGGUGGCCUCUCUGGGGACUGAGCCUGUAGAGAAAUGUGCUCCUUGGGAGGCAUGGGUGAACCUGGAUCCUGACAUGGCCAAGCUUUGCCGACAAACCAACCCAGCACUGAAACACAACCAGUACUGGGUAUAAAUGUGAACUGCCCCACCCCUCCCUCUUCCAGCCCAGCCCCUCCCUUUCAUCCUCUUUCUCUCCCUUCUUUUCCCUCUCCCUCUCUUCCUGCCCCUCCCCAUCUCGGUUUUUCCUUGCUCUUAUUGACCCCUUACUGUGUACAGGUACUAAGAUGGGGACUGGACUAUAGUGAUGAAGGAAUACUGAUUGAAUCAAGGAAGGCUGCCCUGACUCCACAUGGCUCAGUCACCAUCUGGUGCAGUUGACAAGUGCUCUGACUCUUGCAUAGCACUCCUGGGCUUUCCUCAAUUGGACUUUUUCUAGACCUGGUGUUCUCAAUACAUACUUUUCUGUUAGGAAUUAAACCCUUCACUACUGAGCAGUUGGGCCCAAUGGGAAGCAGAAGCAUUAACUUGGGGCUUGGCGUUAGAGGGGGAAGGUUUGGUGGCUUUUCAUGGAAGUGUCACUCUGCAUGAGUCAGCAGG